UCACGCUCCGGGGCAUGUUCUAUAUUUACACCCAAAGGUUAACUUGUACGAACCACGACUAAAAUAGAACAUGUCAUGUUAUUACUAGUUUAACUAGAGUUCUAGAUAUAGAUCUAGAUCUAGAUCUCGAUUUUUGUAUGAAGGUUCGUUAACUGUUCAUACAAUUUCCGUAGGUAACUAUUAGAUCUAACUCUAGAUCAAUAACGCAUACGAUUUAAAUUAGAAUAAUACAUGUUUAAAAACAGCUGGAUUAUCCUCAAAUAUUUUUUUACAAACGUGUGUACUGUGUUUACAAUGGUGUAGCAAGCCAUUGGCCAGAACAGAAACCGGCGAAAUCAAGUUAGUUGGAAUUUAUGAAUAGACUAGUCUAGACUAAAUGUGUGUGUGUAAAGUAAGGUGACAUCUGAUGUUGACUACGUGGAUGAAUGAAAGAUAAAGGUCAGAGGUCAUGAGGGCGCUUCUCCUGGCGAUGACAGAAGAACACCACGAGAACCGGUCAUGGAGGUCCACCCUGAUGGUGGGGCUGUUCCUGCUGCUCACCCUCGCCCUCAACGCCAGCUCACGCGAGCAGUCCGCCCUGCUGCGUCUAGCCUACAACGACAGCAACGACUCUGUGCUGCUCGCCUUCACUGCACUCGUCACGGUUGGACAAAUUUUAGCCGCUGCCGCCUUUCUAAAUAUAGAAACCUCCCGCGGUGACCUCCCCAACAAGGAGGCGCUGGUCGUGAUCCUGUUCUGCCACGCCGGGAACGUGUUCCUCCACGACUACCUGCGCAGUCUAGGCAGCGCUGAGACGUCGCUGUCCACGGCGUUCUUCCAACCCUUCAUCGCUGUAGUCACGCUCUGGCUAGUCACCUCCGUCAUUCCCCGCCCCGUAGCCUGGACCAGCACCAUCGCUGUGGGCUUCGGCCUGACCUUCAUGUCCAUCAACCCCUCCACCGUCUUCAGCUCAGACCGCACCUCCCUCAUCUGCGGGCUGUCCGCCUUCGCACUCAUCCUCCGCAACAUCAUGCUGAGACAGCUCAUCAGCAUGGAGCACGCCACCGUCAAACCUCGAGACACCAGGACCAUCUUCACAAGUCUGAUCGCGGCCAUGUUUGUGGUUCUAAUCCUGUAUUUCCAGAUCUCCGAGGUGCUCCAGAUCCCCAUGCUGUGCUCCAUCCUCACCUGUGCCUUGUCUGCUGCCCUGCUCUACAUCACCACACAACUUCUCAAAUCUUACACCGUCGUCUUCAUCUCGCUGUUUUACGUAUGGGCGCUGUUAAUAGAAUCUAUUUUGAUCACGCCCUCAGAGCACAAACCUGAUUGGCUGUCUGUGGUUAUAGCUUUAGUUUUUAUACUGCUGGGACAUUACCUGUUUUUUAAAGACUACACAGAGAGGAUGAGUGGCAACAGUGGCUUGAUUCCAACCUACACACAGAAACCUGUGAACGCCCACGAGCAGCUGACCAGGGUAGAGUUCCUGAUCUUCACAGCCCUGGUGUUGGGCGUGGUCUUCUACGUGUUCCAGCCCAAGGUGUCCCAGAGAGACCUGAACACACUCAGCUACGUGGGCCUGGACCAGGUCAUCAGGAAGCUGCUGACUGUGGAGGCGGGGACUGGGCUGACCACCGUGCUGGAGAAGGAGGGGGACCCCCACCAGCUGCCUUAAGACAAUAGCUUGGGGACCCUCACCAGCUGCCUUAAGACAAUAGCUUGG